GUCCACGGCCCCAUGGCCUAUCUAUGUAUGCAGAGCAUCUCCAGAGACUCACCCAUGGCCUCGAGAUAGUCGGGUAAGUCGGGACGUUGCUAAGCCCUCGGCUACCGCAGAAAAUGGGGCCCUUUUCAUACGGCCUUGAGUUGCCAAGGUCUGAAGCUUUCGCCCAUUCCACGUGUCAUUUUUAAAUGGAGCGGCCCGGCGGGUGAAAUGCGUCAUUGCGUCGAGUAAAUAUUGAUUCUUCGACUUCCCGCCCCCUUUGUCAAAACACAAAACAACGACGCAGACUGCCAUCAUCAUGAGGAAAUUCUUCAAGGAGGCCAAACAGAAGAUCGAGGCCGAGAUCGCGGCCAUCACCGGCGACGAUGACCCUCAGAAGCAGCAGCAGCAGCAGCAGCAGCAGCAGCAGCAACAGCAGCAUUACCCGCCGCCUCCGCAACCGCCGGCUCAGGGGUUUGAGCGGGCCGUGUUUGCCCAUUUCAUGCUGAGCAACACGUGUGACUACACCGUCGACGAGUUCAAGGUCGACAUCAGGCUGGCCCAGGAAGCGCACAUUGAUGCCUUUGUUCUGAACUUUGGCAUCCACGAGGAGGCCAUCGCAAAGCUCCCGGACGUCUUCGCGGCGGCCGAGCAGACCGGGUUCAAGCUGCUCAUAUCGUUUGACUACGAGGGAGCGGGAGCAUGGCCCAAGGAGCGAGUCAUCGACAUCCUUAGCCGGUUCGGCCCGUCGCCGGCGUAUUUCAAGCGCGGGUGGCAGCCCGUGGUGUCGACGUUCGAGGGCGUCGGCAGCGCCGCCGACUGGCACGAGAUCAAGGCGGCGACGGGUUGCUUCUUCAUCCCGUCCUUCUCGUCCGUGGGCGCCGAGAACGCGCUCAACACGGGCGUCGUGGACGGCCUCUUCAGCUGGGCGGCGUGGCCGCACGGCAACACCCGCAAGCUGGACGAGGGGCUCGACGCGUCGUACCGGCACUUCCUGGGCCCGCACCGGCCGUACAUGGUGGCCGUGUCGCCGUGGUUCUACACGAACCUGCCGACGUGGAACAAGAACUGGGCGUGGAAGGGCGACGACCUGUGGAACGACCGGUGGAACGAGAUCCUGGCCAUGCGGCCGGAAUACGUGCAGAUUCUCACGUGGAACGACUUUGGAGAGUCUCACUACAUCGGCCCCCUCCACGAGAAGCAGUUCGGCGCGUUCGAGUACGGCAAGGCGCCCUUCAACUACGUCCGCGACAUGCCGCACGACGGCUGGCGUCUGCUGCUGCCGUUCCUCAUCGACCUGUACAAGUACGGCACCGCCGCCGUGACGAGGGAGGGCCUCGUGACGUGGUACCGCCUGCACCCGGGCGACGCCGGCGACGCGGGCGGCACGACGGGCAACACGAGCAGCCACGGCCAGGAGCUCUUCCACCCGGCCGAGAUCAUGGAGGACAAGAUCGUCUACUCGGCGCUGCUCGCGGGGCCGGCGCAGGUGACGGUCAGCGUCGGCGGGGACGCGCGCGAGGGCGCCUGGGACGACGACGGCGUGCCCCGGGGCGGCGUCGGCGUGUAUCACGGCAGCGUGCCGUUCGACGGCCGGACGGGCGAGGUCGUGGUCACGGUCCACCGCGGGGGCGACGUCGCCGUCCAGGUGCAGGGCCGGCCGAUCACGACCGAGUGCUCGCACGGGGGGAUGAACAACUGGAACGCCUGGGUCGGCGCGGCCAACUCGCACGCCGAGACGCACGCGGUUGCGCACCUGUGAGACGGAGUUGAGGGGAGUUGAGGGGAGUUGAGACGGAGUCGAGGAGGGUUGAGAAGAGUGUUGAAAGGGCGUUGGAGUCCUAUAGCGGUUCUAUAGAGAAAGAGAGAGAGAGUUGUCUAGUUGAGUUGUGAUAUACGUCGACGUGGUGCCAGAGCCCAGAGUUGAAGCCGGCACACCGAUGUUGAGAUACCUACCUCCCAGCCUCUCCUUCUACGAAGCCAGUCAAAAUAUCAAACUACUCCAGUAAGUGAGACACGGCC